AGAGCAAACAAGCCGAAGAAAAUACUCGAGUAGAUUGGCGAUCUGCUAAUUCUGCCUGUGAAAACUCGAUGCGGCGGCUGUAUUACCAGUGUUUGAUUGGUGAGGUCUGGGAAGAUGGCUUCUUCUGAUCAGGCUGAUCAGUCUGGGCAGAGUGGUCCACCUCUGAUUAAUGAAAAGACAGUACCAAGAGAUCAGCUGAUUGCGACAGCUGUGAAGUUUCUUCAAAAUCCUAGAGUCCGUCACAGCCCAGUAGCUACCAGAAAAGAAUUUUUGAAGAAAAAAGGAUUGAACAAUGAAGAAAUUGAAUUGGCUUUGCAGCAAUCUGGCACAGCCCAUGAUGACCCCGCUCUCAUGACACACCCUGGUAUUUCCCACACAGCACCAUCCUCUCAGCUUGCAGUGCAACAGUUUAGCCCCCCAGGGUCCCGAUGGAGAGACUAUGGAGCUUUGGCAAUUAUCCUGGCUGGCAUAGCCUUUGGCUUCCACCAAUUAUACAAGAGAUACCUGCUCCCAUUGAUCAUUGGUGGCAGGGAAAGCCGCAAGCAGCUGCAGCGAAUUGAGUCCGGGGUGUCUGAGAUGAGUGGCAGUGUGACACAGACAGUGACUCAACUCCAGACAACCCUAGCAGCUGUACAGGAACUGCUGGUCCAACAACAACAAAAGAUCCAAGAACUGUCGCUGGAACUUUCUGCUUCAAAGGCAUCCAGUUCCACAAACACAAUUCUUGAGUCCCAAAACAUUCAAGAACUGAAGUCUGAAAUUUACUCUCUAAAAGGGCUGCUUCUAAACAGGAGACAGUUCCCACCAUCUCCCUCUGCUACCAAAAUUCCUGCUUGGCAAAUUCCAGUAAAACCUCCAACAAUGCCCAGCUCAGCUGUUUUAAACCACAACAGCAGCAGUGAUAUCUCUCCUGUAAGUAAUGAGUCUGGUUCAUCUUCUCCUGUGAAGGAGAUCCACAGCCCAGAAGGAGCAAAGGGAAGCUCUCACCAUCUAGGCUUAACAGUAGAAGAAUCAGAAAUUGAUGUGCAGACUCAGGUUCGUAUGGAAGUGCAGGGGGAAGAGGAGAACGAAGAUGAUGUUGUGCAACCUGAUGAAGAUUGCAUAGGUGUUCAGACUGAAGAUCGCAGAGGUGGAGAUGGACAGAUAAAUGAGCAAGUAUACAAGCUGCGUCGGCCUGAAGGAGCCAGCAAUGAAAUGGACUGAUUUUAGGUGGAAUAUAGUAGACAGUCCUGUGUAAUCAGAGUCUCCCUUGAAAAAUAUUGGUCUCUAAAAACUUUCAAGGUUAACACCCAGAAUGCAAUAAUUUAGACUUCAGACCAAUUCUCUGAAUUAUAAGUGCACAUCAAGCUGUCAAUCAUUUGUGGUGUGCACCAUGUUUUUCAGGUGUUAAUAUUGUUUAACCACUGAUUGCAGUAGUUCGGUUAUUAAUUUCCAACUUAAUAUUUGUCAUAUUGUGCAGCGUUAGGGCAUCUGAAUUUCUGGCUGUUCGCUUCACUUCUCAAACAAAAUAUUUAAAAUACUUUUAUACACAGCUAAAAAUGCAUCUCCUAUUGUGUGUAUGUGUAUAUAUAAAUAAAUAUAUAUAUAUAUAUAUAUAUAUAUAUAUAUAUAUAUAUAUAUAUAUAUAUAUAUAUAUAUAUAUAUAUAUAUAUAUAUAUAUAUAUACACACACACAUAACCCUUAACAUUAACAACUUGCUUAACAACAUUUUUUUCCCAUUAGUUUUAAUUGAAGCUGUAAAUGUAUAGUCAGUCGCAAUCUCCCCCCCCCCUUUUUUUUUGCCAGAGAAACAAGAUUUUUUUUGACAGAUAAAGUUCAAAGUGGACAAAAAGUAAUUGUGUCCCAAUCUUACAAGCUUUAUGGAAAAAACAUACAAUAUCUAAACAAAUAGGGAGGUCUACUAGUGCUGUGUACUCACCAUCCACUUUCCAUGCCAUCAAAUAAGAGAUUAAUGAUAGCUGUUGCCCACAUCUUGGUGAUAAAAGGAAAUUACACUAUCUAUAGUGCAUACAGUUUGGAAAAAAAAUCUCACCUCAUAAAUUGCAUGAUUGCAGCACUGAACCCUGUAAAUUCCACAAUGGGCUGUGCUCAUUAGUGUGCCGAUGUAUAGAUUAGUUGUACAUAAUUGUAAUAAAGAAUAAUUGCAUCACAUGAAAUUGUAUUAGUCACAAUAUUAUAUGUAUAUACACAUGUAUUAUAUGUAUAUACAUACAUAUAUGUAUGUGUGCAUAUGUAUAAUUUAUUAUACGUGAACAUUAUACAUACAUACAUAUAUCUAAUUUACAUCCAUGUAUUUGUAGCAAAAUUCUGAUUCAUCCAAAUUUCAGUGCUACACCAAUUCUGAUGAAGCAUAUUCACUUGUAAUCCAUGGGAAAUGUUAAAUUUAUUAUCUUUCACAUAGUAUUAGUAUCAUGAUAACUUCAUUUAAGGGUAAAUAGUCUCCCCUUUAUUAUUCCCAAUUGUGUGUUCUAUGUUAGGCCAAACCAAAGCUGCCAUUACUUGGUGCUGAAUUCUUAUAGAGAACACACUGCAUGGUGAUUAGGUGAAUUACGGAGGCAAAAAAGAAGUGAUAUUGAUACAGAAGUGUAGGCUUGUAUUUAUGAGCCUUGAUCCAUCAGUGGCUCUUUGUUUGUCUGCUGACAGGAAGCCCCCAGCCCCUCUAAUUACCGCAAGCUUGAUAGUGGUUGUAGCUCAAGGUUCCAAUGUGUCAAUAACCAGACUUUGAUGUUCUUCAUCAGUAAAAGCUGGAUGAACAGAAUGGUGCUGAACUCAACUAUAGGGAUGUGCAAGAAGUGCUUUGCGACAAGUAUUUUUUUAAAUGGUGUCAGUGCACGCAUAAGCUGUGCCCCUAUUUGUACGACUGCAAUAAGCCCUUUAGACUUGUAGAAAUACCAAAUAGAAUCCAAAACCAAAUGUGUCCCAAAUCCAAUAACCUAUCAGGCUCUCCUCUGCCUCCAACACAGUUCCAAAUACAGGUUGUGGUGUCCCUUGAAAAAGGGGAAAUGGGAAAAGCAGAAAACAAAAAUAGUGUAGCGUUCCUGGUAUGGUCACACGCCCAAUGUUAGUGAUGUAGAAAUGCACAGGGUGGCUAUAGCAGCUAUGGAAACAAUAUUUAACAACACUUGUAUUGAGAUGUUUAUGGAGAUUAUAUAAAUAUGUACUGUAUAUUUUAAGAUUAUAGUUGAAUAAAAUUACCAGGUGCUUAUUUUCUGCACUAAAAAC